GGAGUGCCACUGCUGCGAUAGGGCACGAACGAAACAAACAAACCACAACACAAUAACACUCACUUCCGGAUGUCUCACCUGCACCAUUGGCUCUCCCAACAUGGAAGCAUUAACUCUACGCACGAAAUAAGAACUAGUUCGAGGCAGAACAAUCAGGUGUGAGAUUGUGGCCAUCCAGCUGGAGUGCACGAUUGGUGUUGCACCAUCACAAGCAUUGUCCCCGUUUCUCUGACACCUUCUCCAACUCAACACUAAUGCCAUUAGCAGAGCUGCUCUGUGUGGUGCUCUUUCCUGAUGGUGACACACAUACCUUCCAUGUCAAUAAACAGCAGGAUGGCUCUGCCCUGUUCAGCGCUGUCUGUGCACAGCUGGCUGUGCAGGACACUCACUACUACAGCCUGCUUAUAUCAGAGAACACACUCAGAGAGACUUCGCCGAGGUGGCUGGAGCAGAACAAACCCCUGAAGAAGCAGUUGAAAGGCCCAUCGCCAUUCUUCUUGAGUUUUAGAGUUCGCUUCUUUGUUUCUGAUCCAAAUUCCUUGCAACAUGAGCAAACCAGGCAUUUCUAUUUCCUGCAGAUUAAGAGAGAUAUUCAAGAGGGCAGAUUGAAAUGUCCUCUCAGUUCUGCUGUGGUUCUUGCCUCGUAUGCAGUUCAGUCGGAGCUUGGAGACCACAAACCUGAGACUCCAUCAGGGUACCUGAGCAAGGCUCACUUUCUACCUGAACAGAAUGAGGAUUUCCUCCUGAAAGUAGAAGCACUGCAUCCACAACAUAGGGGCCUCUCUCAGUGUGAAGCCGAGCUUUGCUUUUUGAACACAGCUAGAACGCUGGAACUCUAUGGAGUGGAGCUACAUGUUGCAAAGGAUGAGAGUAAGUCCACCCUAUGGGUGGGCAUUGCCUCGGGAGGCGUGGCUUUGUUCUGUAAUCUGAUCUGCACCAGUUUUUUCCCUUGGAUAAACAUAAUCAAGAUUUCAUUCAAAAGGAAAAGAUUCUGCAUACACCUUCGAAGAAAACAUGGAGAGGUGGGAGAGCAAGUGGUAUCUGUCUGCAUGCAGAGUUCUCGUAACUGUAAAAUCCUCUGGAGAUCGUGUGUGGACCAUCACACGUUUUACCAACACAGGAACACACACACAGCACCCACAUCCAGGCCACUGUACCGCAGACUUGUGACUGGCAAGCUAUGGGACUCGGCUCUGAAGACUGGCUCAAGUGAACACCUGGAGACGCAGAGCCUCCCCUCCAGAUCUCCUCCAAGCACACCCACCUGGCGGAGUCCACGCAUGAGGCAUGACGUACACAAGCCACGGCCAUCCUCUGUCGAUAACCUGACCGGUGAGACGAGUGAUGGAACGGAGACUGAAGAAGUGUUUUACACGUACAGGAAAGUUCAAGACGAUAACACUUCCAGCACUCUCACGCCCCAACAUGAUGAAGUCAUCACUGGGGAGGAAGAGGAGUCACCCUGGGAGAAGGGGCUGGUGAUGGAUGGUGAUUUGUUGUUGGUGAGAAUAAGCCCUGACCCAGAUGGCAAAUUUGGGUUCAACGUCAAAGGAGGUGUGGAUCAGAAGAUGCCUCUUGUCAUAUCGCAUGUGAACCCAGACUCCCCGGCGGCCCAGUGCACCCCGGCGGUGUGUGUGGGGGAUGAGUUGGUCCUGGUGAACGGAAGGGAUGUAUCAGAACACACACAUCAGCAGGUGGUCAUGUUCAUCCGGGCCAGCCGGGAAACACACACCAAUCACCUCACACUGCUGCUGCGCCGCCGAGCAGGUGUCACCCUCCGUGCUGUCCCCUCGCUCCAGAUUGACCUUGGCCUUUCUAUGCUCGGGGACAUCUCUGAGACAGCCAAUCAAGCGCCAGGACAGAGCCUGGAGGACUCGAUGAGCAGACUGGAGAGGGGUGUAAUGACCGGGACUUUACUGAUGCAGUUUGAAAAACUAUACAGAAGAAAACCUGGGCUCACGUACACAAGUGCAAGGUUGCCGGAGAACACAGAGAAGAAUCGUUAUAAGGAUGUUUUGCCAUACGACAUCACCAGAGUGGUAUUAAAGGGAGACAGUGAUGACUACAUCAACGCCAAUCAUGUGAAGACGGAGCCAGGUGGCGGGGUGUUGCGCUACAUUGCUGCUCAGGGGCCACUACCAGCCACCUGCACACACUUCUGGAGGUGUGUAUGGGAGCAGAACAGCACGCACAUCAUCAUGCUCACCACACUCACCGAGAGAGGGCGGACCAAGUGCCACCAGUACUGGCCACACCCCCCAGAGGUGAGGGAAUACAGCAACCUGCAGGUGUGCUGCCACUCAGAGGAAGGCAACCUGACCUACGUCACCCGAGAGUUCACACUCACAAACACACUGACUGAUGAGCAGCGCUCUGUUACUCACCUGCAAUACGUGGCCUGGCCGGAUCAUGGUACCCCAGACGACGCCUCUGAUUUCCUCGACUUCAUCCAGUCUAUGCGCAGGCGAAACAAAAGGAUGGGCCCACUGAUGGUCCACUGCAGCGCAGGGAUCGGACGGACAGGUGUCCUCAUCACCAUGGAAACAGCGCUGAUGCAGAUGGAGGCAGGCGAACCUGUGUGUCCACUCCAGAUUGUCCAGUCUCUGAGAGAGCAGAGAGCUAUGAUGGUCCAAACACCGUGCCAGUUCCGAUUUGUGUGCGAGGCAAUCUUGAAGGUUUACAGAGACAAGCACAAAACACCUGGACACUGAGAGGGGCCUUGAGGGGCGUGGAGCGAAAGCGAUGACCAAAGCUGCUGUAGAUGUUUUUUUGUAUAAAUAAGUGCUUCUUAAUAUAAUAUAAUAAAUUAAAUGUAGUGAUGGUCCGAAUACGCAUUAGAGAGCCAGAGAGCACUUUGACUACGACUACUACUGCUACACACACACACACACACACACACACACACACUAGAGAGAACAGUGAGAAAUACCUGCACAUCCUAAUUUGCUGUUGUGGGAAGUCAUAAGAGCAUCAUCAGAAGUAGCACAUACACAGUGGAAUGUGUUUUGUUUCAAAGUCUGUAUAAUAUCAUAGACAUAUAGGGGUUCAAAUGUUAACUUAAUUAUCCACACACACACACCCAUCUGUUGUCAACUGAGAAGCAAAAUAUUUUGCAAUUCAUUCCUUCAUGUCACAUUCCUUCAACUGAGAAGCAAAAUAUUUUGCAAUUCAUUCUUUCAUGUCACAUUUGUUUCUUAGCCAUCUCUCCAUGUUUUGGCACAGAGACCAUCUCACUCAAGAAGCGGAGAAUGCUAAACGGGAAAGUGUUUUGGAUGAUUGCAUGUUUGAUUUGAUUAUUUGAUUGAUAAGGGCUCUCUUCGAUGUCUCUUUUCUUACACAGAAAAAGAAACACUAGAACUAUGACCUCAGUAACAAUCCCUGGUGCACAAUAAAAAAAUGUUUAAUUUCUGCCAAUAAAAUCAAUAUGGUACAA